AUGUCCAAAUCAGCUAUGUCAACAAUGUUCAACACCGCUCCAACUCGGAUUUUGGCUCCAUUGCCUAUACGUCGAACAGUCAACCGUCCUACUCAAUCUGCUCAAGCCGAUAGAGCGGUUCUCAAAGAUCUAUCUCAGGAUGCCCUUACUCAUUACAACAUGAAAGACGACUGGAAUGGUAAAGUCGGACAAUGUUGGACAAUUGAAAUUAAGGGUCACCUCGACGCGAGCGACUCUCCGACUGAAUAUGGAAAACAACAAGAUUCAGCAAAGAUAUAUCAAGCUGCCUCUAAGAAAUGGAUCUUGAGUGAUGCGACUUUAAGCUACACAUACAGCCUUUCGACUGCUGUUAUAUUCAUUAAAGCAGCUGGAUUAUGUCAAAGCGAUUGUAUUGGACUUGCCGAAGAAAUCGAAAAGGUAACUAUCAACCCUUCGAACUCAUUGAAUCCGACCUCAAGCACUCAAGAUUCCUCAUUAGAUCUCAACUCUUAUCUUUCAAUGGAUGGACCAAUGGGCAUAUGGGGUCAUGGAAAGAAAACAAAUAUCAUCUCAAGUGAUAAUUCAGACAGUUCGGAUAUUGAAGUGAUGUUACCUGAAGGCCACAGUAAAAGAAAGCUAACCGAUCGAAAUGAAAAGGUCCCAUUUCAAAAGAAGGCUUGUCUGAGCACUCAAUCUUGGCCUGGCAAGACUUGCAAGUUAUCGGAGCUCAUAAUUUGGUGUGAUAAAGCACCCAAAGGCUCUGUUACUACAGGUGUUACAAAGAAGACUUGGUACAAAAUAUUUGGCGACCGAUACCAUCCUGAUGCAGGUUUCAAAACACCUUAUAAAUAUUGUACCUGGGUUUUGAAGAAGAGAUCUGAGCUUAUUGACUGGAUGGCGAGUAGGCCGGAGGCCACAGUCAAGGAAGCUACAGUUGUUUUUCGAGAAUCCUUUCGUCAGAUCACCUCUGGUCGGGGAGGUCCUUGUGUAGCAGUGGUGAUAGAUUAA